AUGUUAUUGUUGGGUGCCUUGAGCCAGAGUAGUGGCUUAAAGCCAUUGAAUAUCGAAAUGUCGCGGUCCUUUGACUACACCUCUGGUGGAAUGUCGUGUAGCAGCUGCAAGCUUGUGCGUCACAGUCAAUGGGGACAAAUGCUAGCAAUUUCGCAGUCUUCCGACCCAGUGUGA